UCGCGUCGCUUCCAACUUGUACUUCGUUUGGAUUUUUAUAGAGGUGCCUUUCUCUAAACUUGCAACAUAGCAUAGUUUUAGUUUAGUGUUUUCAAUUUCAUUCAAGAAAGCUGGCGGGUGUGCAAAUGUGUUACAAUUGAAGUGGAAUUAUUUCUAAAAUAAAUAAGUGUUGAAAUACGUUUGAACAGUUAAUGCAAUAGUCAAGGGCUAAGGGCGCGGCGAGUGGCUAAUCGGCAUCAUGGACGACGACCAGCAGUUCUGCCUGAGGUGGAACAACCAUCAGUCGACACUGGUGUCUGUUUUCGACACUCUUCUCGAGAAGGGUAUGCACGUGGAUUGCACCCUGGCUGCAGAAGGACAAACACUCAAGGCGCAUAAAGUGGUCCUAUCGGCAUGCAGUCCUUAUUUCGAGAGUGUAUUAUCACAGCAGUAUGAUAAACAUCCCAUAAUUAUCCUGAAAGAUGUAAAAUAUGCUGAGUUAAGAGCGAUGAUGGAUUAUAUGUACCGCGGUGAGGUUAACAUAUCUCAAGACCAGUUAGCCGCGCUGCUGAAAGCUGCAGAGUCCUUACAGAUCAAAGGGCUCUCUGACAACAAGCCCUCAAGGCCACCGUCGCGCCCGGCACAGUCUGUUGCUGCACACCCGCCUCGUGCCCCCUCUCCACCGCCACAGCAGGCGAGUACAUGUAGCGCUGCGCAGGUCCGGGACGGCAGCCCGGCCAGCAGCCGCUCGGGCUCGGCCAGCCCGUCGCGGCGCCGCAAGAAGGCGCGGCGCGGGUCCGCGUCGCCCGCGCCCGCCGCGCCCGAGCCCGCGCCCGAGCCCGCGCUCAAGCCCGAGCCGCCGCGCGACGCCGUGGAGGACCUCACGCUCGACGAGGAGCCCGACGACCAGCCGUCCGUCGCGCACAACGACGUCGUACGCAAUUUCCAAUGGCACAUGGAACGAUCUCAAGACGAUAUAAUGAACUCGAGUGACGGCGCGCGAGAGUCGCAAGAGUUGCACAAGGAUAGCCACCUUCCGUCCGCACUGCUAUCGCUGUUGUCGGCGCAGCAGGCGCAGUCGCAGUCGCUGGUUUCGUUGGUGCCCUCCUGCAUCCAAGUCACUAACGUCAUGAAGCCCACUUCUGCCAAAGACGUAGCGGCCUACCCCACUCCUUUGCACUUACCAAAACUGCCAAUAGAGACGCUCAACUCUAUCCCGGAAAACAUUAAGGCCCAUCUUUUGCAGCAGGCUUUUAUGCAGAACAACAACACAGUAGCCCAAAAUAUGGACUAUAAGCUGCCUAUCAAACAAGACGAUCCUGAGUCUGAUGUGGAAUACGAUGAUACCGACGAUAUAGUGUUGCCUGAGGAAUCGGAUACUUUUUACGAUAGCAACGGUGGCUUUCCCAGCAACUCUAGCAGCAUCCAUGGAGACGACGUGUACGAUACUAAGCCUGACAUGAAAGGCCACUGGAAGAGAGACGGCAACAGCUCGGACGACGCGAGCCGGCAGUUCGAGUGCAAGCACUGCGGCAAGAAGUACCGCUGGAAGUCCACUCUGCGGCGACACGAGAACGUCGAGUGUGGCGGCAAGGCUCCAUCCCACCAAUGUCCCUACUGCUCCUACAAGGCCAAGCAGAGGGGCAACCUAGGCGUACACAUUAGGAAACACCACAACAAUGAGUGGUACAUAUAUGCUAGCAACAAAGUUAGGAGAAAUAAAAAGACCUCUAUUUAGUUAUAUUUAAGAAGAGAAAUAUACAUAAAAAUCGUUAGACCAAAGUAGAUACCUAACCAAAUCGGUACUGCAAUAAUUUUAUUUAUAUUUACACUUUUUUUUUGUUGAAGACAUUUUAAUAUACACUAAAGAAAUAGUUGUAAUGUGCACAUUCCCUAACGGCAUUAGUGUUAAUUUUGUUGUUUUUGUUUUAGAGUUUAUUAUGGUAGUUAAGACUGACCCUAAGUAUUUUAUUCAGAAGAAUAUGACCGAAGGUCGCUUUAAUUUUAAUAUAUAGCAAAAUGGAAACUAGUUUAUUGGAGCUUUCCUAACCUUAGUGAUUUAGUAACGAACCUUUCUAAAUCACUAGUAGCCCUAAAGAGGGACAAAGUAACCAAAUCGUUGGAUAUUCCAUUAUUUAACUCGAAUUUGUUUAGUUUUAAUGACCUAUCAUUCAUUCCUUUAAAGGAAUAAUUCCAAAUUGAUAAUAUUUAGUGCAAUGAUAUUAAAUAAUUAGUCGAUAUUACAUUAACGUAUGCCUGCACUGUCAGGUCUGUAUCAUUAACCAUAGUAGUUUCCAGCACGGGUAGAUUUAUUUAUAAUAUGCGACCAAAUAACAUGGCGUUAUGAAUCAUUAGUUUCGCUAUAAUCGACCCUAUUGUUCAUGUUUGUAAUUUAUUGAAAUUUGUUUUCUUCCAUUAAUUUGUUAGUACAUGGGACCAUUUACCUUGUCUUCCUUACUUUACUUUCUUUGUAGCAAACCCAAAGUUAUUUUAAUGUUGUUUAUUUAUUAGGAUAAUAUUUAAAGGAUUCUAUUGUCCUUUGCACAGCUGUGUUCCGAAUUUUAGUUUGAUACUUCGCUAAAAUGUCGUUAUUUUCCUACCAGAAUUCGGAACACGUGCUAUUUAGUUAAAUAAAAGCUCAUCAAUAAUGUGCCUACAAUGUUACCUGUAGUUAUAUAACAUAUUUAUUGAUAUUAUACAAUAUUUUCGGUUAGAAUUUUUGGUGAAAUGGGAUGUAAAAAUGUGUUCAAAAUUAUUUAUAUUUUGUUUAAAUGUGUUGUCUUGAUAUUAACUGAUAUUUACAUGCAAUAAACAUAGUUUCAUGUUUCGUUUAGCAUAUUGACUGUUGAUAUUUUUUGUUAAACUAGGAUAACAAAGCUAUUUGACCAAAGUCAGUAUUAGAUUUUUAACGUGAUGAUAAGAAAUAAAGAAUGUUAUUUGUUGUUGAAACAAGUCAUUGCUAAGCAUAGAAAAAAUAAAUGUUUUUGAUAUAUGCAAUAUUCCCUUCAUAUCAUGUUACGAUUGUGGUAUGAGGUACAAGAUGUAUGGACUUAUAUAAAAUUGGAUGUUAUUAUGUUGUUUGUUAAUGUUAUUGGAGUAGUUAUCGAUUAGUGUGAUUUUUAUAUGAAUAUAUUGGGGUUUACUUGGUAGAAAAGUUUAAUCAAAUAUAGCUAUAGUAUAUCAGAUAUAAA